GUAUCCAACUUUUACCCAAGUUGGAAUGUGUAUCCGCAAUAACGGAGGCGGGCGAGUUCUCAAACGAGCACAGCUCAUGGGAGUUGAAUCCACCCUCCCUACCUGAAACUCUUUGCCACCACCGGCAGAUCGAGAUUCAUUUUGAGUCCAUAAUCGCCGCCAUGGACGACCGAUCAAAGGAGCUCGAGAGGAAACAGAGCGAGCUGCUGGAGAUGGCUCGAGAGGCGAAGAGGAACUGAGGUUACUGGAGCUGGACUCGAGAGAGAAGGAGAUCACAGAAAUGCGGGAACUAAUCAAGUCGAGGAAUGAUUUCGAGGCCGAGAAGGAGUCGGUUCAGAGGAAGCUGAGAGAGCUCAGGAAAGAGAAGAGCAACUCGAGACGCUAGGGAACUACAUCGAGGAAAGAAGGAUUAGGGUUAGAGCUAGUGAGCUCGAGGUGGAGAGGAGACGGAAAGCAGUGAAGGCGAAGGAGAAGAAAAUCAAAUGGAGGUGUGAUAAUUUGGGAUCUAGAGAGGGAGAACUGAUAGCUAGGGAAGAAAGGAUUCAAGAACUGGAAUCAAUAAUCCGAGAUUAUGAGCGAAGUUUGGGUCAGCUCGAGGUGAAAUGCAAGGAGCCUGAGUUGAUGCUGGAGCUAGGGCAGAUGGAGGUCAAGGUUGUUGGAGGGUUUGGUGACGAGGUUAGACAGAAGGCAAGUAAGCAGUGUAAUGGUAAGAACAAGUCGAAGGAGAAGAAGCGGUUGGACUACAAUGAUGUCUUCAACUUAGCUUCUUUGAAGAAUGAUCCCAGGAUCGAGAGGAAGCAGGUAAUACAUAGGUUACAGAGUUUGCUGGAAGAGCAACAGAAGCAGAGGUAUGCUGAUUCAAUUGCUGAGUUGAUUAAGAAAAUAAGUGAACGAAAUGAAGAUAAUGGAUCGGAGUGCAAUGCUGUGAAGAUCCGGCCUAUUGUGUUAGCCUCCUCUGCCAAGGAAAAAGAGCCAAUCGCGAAGGAUCCAACAAAGCUUCAUCCUGCAGAGAAGUAGUAAGAUGCACUAGACGGUAAUCGAGUGGGGUCAAAGGAUGCUGUUGGGGCGUCGUCAUUUCUGUACUUGGGAGAUAUGGGUUCUUUUGAAAACCAUAUUCAGGAUGGCAAUGGUUCUCUUGAUGUGCACAGAGGGCAAUCGGAUAUGGUUACAGAGAAGGAGCCGGGAUGUGUAGAAGAGCUUGAUUUGCAGAACGAGCAAUUGGAUAUGGUGGUGGAGAGUUCUUGUGGGAUUGAACAGAAUGAAUUGGCAUGUGCAGAAGGGAAGAUCAUUUCAAGCCAUCAGUUACACGAAAGGUUUGAGUUGAUGAGGAAGCAGGCCUCAGAGACUCGGAGCUUGGCUGGGAAGCGAAUGAGGAAGAGCCACAUGAAUCCAGUUGACCUGUUUUUCAACAAAAGCAACAACAGUGG